CGCUGCUGCCAUCUUCCCCAUUGCAGCGGGUCCCUCCAUCCCCCUGCUGUAUCUUACACCAAGAGGCCCCAGGCCAACAGUGUGGAAAGUGAACAGAAGGAGGAGUGGGACAGAGACACAGCCCGGAGACUCGGCAGCACCAUGGUGGGUUCAAAGAGCGAAGUGACAGCCAGCCCUCUGGUGGGUCCCGACAGGAAAAAGUCUUCGGCUGGCCCAAGUAACAAUGUAUAUUCUGGAGGAAGCAUGGCGAGGAGGAAUACAUACGUGUGUGAAAGGACCACAGACCGGUACACGGCGCUGCAGAACGGAAGAGACAGCAGCCUUACAGAGAUGUCUGCCAGCAGCAUGUCCCCUGCAGGUUCCACAGCAGCCUCUGGCCCCUCAGCACGGCCCCGCCACCAGAAGUCCAUGUCGACCUCUGGCCACCCCAUUAAAGUCACACUGCCAACCAUUAAAGAUGGCUCUGAAGCUUACCGGCCUGGCAGUGCAGCUCAGAGGGCGCCUGCUGCUUCCCCAUCUGCUCACAGUAUUAGUGCGGCUGCUGCCACUCCAGACAGGACCCGCUUUCCCCGAGGGAGCUCCAGCCGAAGCACUUUCCACGGGGAGCAGCUCCGAGAGCGCCGCAGCACGCCUUACAAUGGACCUCCUGCCUCCCCCUCCCAUGAGACGGGCGCCUUUGCACACGCCAGGAGGGGGACCUCAACUGGCAUUAUAAGCAAAAUCACUUCCAAGUUCGUGCGCAGGGAUCCAAGUGAAGGCGAAGCCAGUGGCAGAACCGACACAGCCAGAAGUACAUCAGGGGAGCCAAAAGAAAGAGACAAGGAAGAGGGCAAGGACUCCAAGCCGCGUUCUUUGCGGUUUACAUGGAGCAUGAAGACCACUAGCUCAAUGGACCCCAAUGACAUGAUGAGGGAGAUCAGAAAAGUGUUAGAUGCCAACAACUGUGACUAUGAACAGAAAGAAAGGUUCUUGCUCUUCUGUGUCCAUGGAGAUGCUAGGCAGGACAGCCUUGUGCAGUGGGAGAUGGAAGUCUGCAAGUUACCUCGGCUCUCACUGAAUGGGGUCCGCUUCAAGCGAAUAUCUGGGACAUCUAUUGCCUUUAAGAACAUUGCAUCCAAAAUAGCAAAUGAGCUUAAGCUGUAAUGAUGUGUGAGCUCCAGGAACAGGGAAGAUGCACCCUCAUCUGAGCUACAGGUUCUGAAUGUACUGGUGAUGCCUACUGUGGUCCACCUGUGAAUCUCCCAUGUAGAAUUUGUCCUUAAUGCAAUAAGGUUAUACAUAGUUAUGAACUGUAAAAUUAAAGUCAGUAUGAGCUAUAAUAAGAAUCUGUAGCUUAAAAAGUAGGUUCACAUGUACAGGUAAGUAUAUUGUGUAUUUCUGUUCAUUUUCUGUUCAUAGAGUUGUAUAAUAAAAUAUGAUUGCUUUAAAACCUGUAUACUUGUCUAGAUCUCCACACAGAAAUGUAUGGUUAAUGCUUUGAAAUUUGAAAAUGGUUUUCCCUGUUAUUUACAUUUUGGUUUUUUUUUUUGUUUUUUUUUUUAAUUCUUACCUCCAUCAUGCUAUUUUGAAUAUUGUGUCCAGGAUUAAAAGCAUACAGAAAUAGUCUUUAAGAUUGUAGCAUGAGCUUUAUAAAAUUAUUUUGAAAUCAUAUUUAAUUUAAACCAGAAGUUGACAGUGGUUGGUGUUGCUCAGUUUCUCCUGCUUUUCUUGCUGUCAGCCUGUGUCAAGACAAGGUGUAGUUGGGGGACACAAAAUGUUUACAGUGUCGGCACCUAGACUUUUCUAAACCACGUGAAAAGAAACCAUAGCUUUGCCUUGAGCUAACUCAGAAGUACCGAGGUAAGAAAUGAAAUCGUAAUUUACCAAGUUUAUUUUGCCCUUUGUUUUCUGACCUGCUAAUUAGCAGCAGAAAGUGAAAGAAUCCAUAGUUCACCUAGCUGUUGAGAAAUAAACCAGCACUUAGGUUUGCUGCCUUCGGAACACGCAGGGUAUCUGGGAAUGCAGGAGUGUCGGGAUGUCUCUUAGCACAAGCUCAUCUGUACGAUGUUGAUGGCUGCGUUGGCUGAGAUGUGAUGCCGCCUCAGGAACUGACAGGCAUUGGGGGCGUCUGCCCGUGUCCUCCCCGCCUCCAUCCGCCCGUACCACUGUAGUGACCCACGAGCAAGACGUGCUCCCCACACCCAUUCAUUACAGAUUUGUGCUUGCCUGGUGGUUCACUUGGCUCCCUCAGAACCUGUUUGUUUUCGAUUGUUUUGCCCAAGUUAUGUUUCUUCCACAACAGUAUGCCUGUAAUGUGCAGCUUUGUGACUGGUCAUUUGCCUUCUCUUCUUUGAUAAUUAGUGACGUAUGCGACGUAAAGCCACUAGUAACAGUACCUUUUUAACACUUAUUUUGUACUGAAAAGCUUGGAGGUUGACUGUGCAGUUUUAUUUAAUGUUGUGGUUCACUGUAAUAUCAGCACAUGGCCCCAUCUGCACACUCCUGAGGAAUAGAAAAUGUUCCCAAAGCUUACCAGUUGAGAGAAAAUUAAUGCUGUGAUCAGUGCUGUCCUUGGAAACUACCUGGACGCUGCCAGUGUAGGUGAUGGGCUGUUCCACAAUGGCUUCCAGACAAAGGUGGUUUUAUCUUCUGUACUGUACUGUGAUUGAUGUAGCUUUCUUCUUAACAUUCUGUUCUAACUGAUGUGUUUUUUGCCUUAGGGAAGGGUGGGGGCAACAAAACAAAAGUGUGUGGCCCCUUUCUAACCCGGUGUUCAUUCACAACAUUCGAUGCAGACCCUCAUUCACUCACUGGUGCACACUGAACUCUUACUUGAACAGAUCUCAUAAUAAAGCAUUUGUCUUUUGCUCUUCGUCGGCUUGUGAAUCACCUGUUUUCUGCUUGGAGGAACCUCUGAGUAUGUUCUUUUCUGUGCUAUUCACUCGGCAAGCAAUUGGUGAGGCCAUGUGGGUCCUCAGGAUCUCACUCUGGCAAGAAAGCUUCAUCUUUUUACAGGAAUUCUGGUUGCUGAAAUGCUUUUUAGAACAGAGGCCCCAGGCAUCUUCCCAGGCAGAGGCUAGGGUGCUUACAUUUUCUCACUCCAGCCAACCCCUGUGCUUUAUGGAAGGGAAUUUUAUUUCUGUAUUUUUCUUAUGAACUAAAAAUGAAAUUUUGACAUUCAUUUUAUAUUAUCUGUUUUAUGUGUUCGUGACAACAUUAUUUUGAAGACUCAGAGGAAUUUUAAUAUGUUUGCAUAAAUAAACAUCUGGCUAUAUGAUAGCAGGA